AUCAUUUAAUUGAGCAAGUAUAAUCGGUUCCGACAAGUGCUCUUAAUCCAAGACAACAACACAAUGUUCCCACAAAGUUUGGAGAAACACACUCUCUUCCCCAUGCCUUAAUAAAGAAACACAAUUCAAACUUUCUCUAUAAAGCUCACAGCCAAAAAGGCACAAACAAUUUAAGAAAAAAGAAGCUGAUCAAUCAAAACCACAAUAAUGUCUUCUUCACUCACUCUCUUCUUCUUCUUCUUCUUUGUUUCCACAUUCCUCUACACUUCAUCAAAUUCAUUCAACAUCACUAACAUCUUAAACGAGCACGAUGAUUUCUCCACUUUCAACAACCUUCUCUCCGAAACUCAACUUGCUUCUACCAUCAACAAGCGUCAAACCAUUACCGUCCUUGUGGUUUCCAACGGCGCACUCUCUUCCCUCUCCGGCCAACCAACCGACGUCAUCAAGAAGAUCCUCAGCCUCCACAUCGUUUUAGAUUACUACGACCAGAAGAAACUCAAGAAUCUGAGCAAGAAGUCUGUACUCCUCACCACUCUUUUCCAAUCAAGCGGCCAAGCCAAAGGCCAACAAGGGUUCUUGAACGCUACCGUUAUGACAAACGGAGACGUGGCGUUUGGAUCUGCGGUUCCUGGAUCUGAUCGUAACUCUCAGCUUCUAGACUCUGUUGCCUCACUACCAUUUAACAUCUCGGUGCUUCAUAUUAGUAGUGCUAUAAUGAUUGAUGUUAAAGCUGAUAACGCACCUACUGCUUCUCCUUUGUCACCGGUAUCAUCUCCACCACGCCCUGCACAAUCACCUAAUGGUGAUGAUUAUGACGAGCCACCAUCCUCUGCUCCGGGAGCCGCUGCUGAUGGACCUUCUUCCGAAAACGCUGACUCUGCCAAUAGAGUUUCAAGGAUCGAUUCCCUGCCUGCACUGGCCUUUACGCUGUUGAUGUCAUCCAUUUGGCUGUUCAUGGCUUGAAGACCAUGAGAAACACACUGCAAGAACUAAACAGAUUAGUUUAUGUCUUGGAAGGAAAGCCAAAAGAAAAAGAUACAAAACAGACUCAGCUCGGGUGACAGUAAAAACACAAGAACACUAAAAGACCAAAGCUUGACAAAAAAUUUGGGGAGAAUUAAUUGACUGAUACAAUAAUAAAGAUGGAAAAAUUUGUAAAACUCAAAAAUUCUUGGACUAAAUUGUUUACAAAACACAAACUGCAAAUUUUUGUUAAUGGUGCCUCGUUGUCUGGUUGCAUCGAAUAAAAUAGACGACGACACAAAGAAGGGGAAAAAAAUCGUGUAGACCAGAAGAGAAACUAGAUAAUAGAUUUUUUAUUACUUUUAGCUAUGAAAGGCAAAAAGCGACCCAAGAACAGGAAGCACAUUCAUAUCCAUGUCCAUACCCUAAUAACGAAACCCAACACUAGUCUUUCAAGACAAGGAAACAAAACUCAGGGACUAUACAUGUAGACUGGCUUAUAGUAAAGCUUUGAUUGAAAGCAGAAAAAAAAAA